AAAAGAAAGAUAUCAUUUAAAGCUAUAAUUUUCUGAGAAUCCAAAAUUAUCAUUAUUAUUUGCUCUGUAAAAUUCUAUAUGUUCUUAUUUUAUUCCAAGUAUUGUAGCUUGUGGCUCAUAUUUUAGGGCCUACUUUUAAUUUGUCUUUUAUGUGUGUGUGCUUGUCUGUCAAAUUACAGAUGUGAAUUUUGCUGUUCACACUCAUCCGGGCGCGCGCAUUUAUGUAUAUAUACAUUCAUGUAUGUGUCUGAGAGAGAAAGGUACUUGUCUGUAUGCGUGAGAGUGAAGAGGUAUUUGUGCGAGAGAGAGAGAGAGAGAGAAUGAAGGCUGAUGGGGGUAUUAGUGUCUGAUGACAAACUAUGUUUGACAUUGUUGUUGGGGGAAAAUUGACAAUGAAACACUUAAGCUGUGGAGCUUGGAAAAUCGUCAGGCUAGCUUAGUCGCUGCACCUCAGAAAAUGGGACAAUGUUUUAUAAAAGAUAAAAAAAAACAACCCCAUUGAAUAAAGUUUUCAAGCUCUGAAAAUGAAUGCCUCAAGGAUGUGAAUAGCCAAAGCAACACCACUGCCACCAACACCAUCAACCAUAAUAAUAACAGAAAUUUGAAAGAACAUCCAUUGACUGCUAUAUAGCUGUUUACUGCUGAAGGUUGUCUUUUAAAUUUCAAAAAAAUUCACUUGAUUUUACACGUUUCAUUUAUAAAGAAGUGUUUUUUCUUAUCUAAAACUAAAAUUUUUAAAAUGGUUUCACACAGUUGAAUAAAAACUACAAAAAAUUGUGACAAUGUCCUCUGAAACUUUUCAUAAUUCAAGGAAAGAGAAGGAAGCUUGUUAUGGUUUCAAGACAAAUAUGGCUGAUAAACAAUUUCACAGUAAUAUGUAUGACAUGCAGUUUCCACAAAGCUGUGGACUACAACCUGCUGGAUCAGGUCCAUUAAAUGAAAAAUCAUUUCCUUGGGUUAGUUAUAGUGCAGCAAGCAGUAAGCAACCACAGUUUCCAAUGAAUGGUAAAAGUAUGCCCGAUAUAGAGCAUUCUCACAGUAAACAACAAACAGCUGCUCCACAACAUUCCCCUGACGUACCACCACCACAACAACAACAACAUCCAUCUUCUCAGCCACAAUGUCCAUCUUCUCAGCCACAAUGUCCAUCUUCUCAGCCACAAUGUCCAUCUUCUCAGCCACAAUGUCCGUCUUCUCAGCCACAAUGUCCAUCCUCUCAACCACAACAUCCAACUUCUCAACCGCAACAUCAAUCAAAAGGAGCUUCCACAACUGAAAAACCAUUUCAUUGUGAUUUGUGUGAAAGUAAAUUUGCCAGGCGCGAAACACUCGUUUCUCAUCGAAGAACCCACACUGGAGAAAAACCUUACACUUGUGAAGUCUGUCAUAAGCAAUUUGCCAGACGCGAUACAUUGCAGUCACACAGAAGGACACACACUGGAGAAAAGCCAUUUCGAUGUGAUUUUUGUAGAGAACAAUUUGCUCGUAGAGAUACUUUACAAUCUCAUCGUCGGACACACACUGGUGAAAAACCAUUCGUUUGUGAAAUUUGUCGACGCCAGUUUGCUCAGAGAGAUGCAUUGCAGUGUCAUAAAAGAACACAUACAGGAGAGAAACCAUUUCGAUGUGAUCUUUGUGUUGAACGAUUUGCUCGAAGGGACACGCUUCUAUCUCACAAAAGAACACAUACUGGUGAAAAACCAUAUUGUUGUGAUGUUUGCCCAAAGCGCUUUGCUCAGAGAGAUACUCUCCAGUGUCACAAGAGAACUCACACUGGAGAAAAACCAUUCAGUUGUGAUCAUUGCCCCAAGAGUUUUUCUCAGCGAGACACCUUGCAGUGCCAUCGAAGGAUUCAUACAGGUGAGAAACCAUUCCACUGUGACUUGUGUGGUCAGAGAUUUGCCCGGAGGGAUACACUCCAAUGUCACAGACGUACUCACACUGGCGAAAAGCCAUAUCAUUGCGACGUGUGUCCUAAACAGUUUUCGCAGCGAGAUACACUUCAGUGCCACAAAAGAACACACACUGGAGAAAAACCUUUCCAUUGUGACAUCUGCGGAGACCAGUUUGCCCGGCGAGAUACUUUGAAAUGUCACAUGCGCCGACACACUGGGGAGAGGCCGUUUCAGUGUGAAGUGUGUGCAGAACGAUUUGCUCGUAAAGAUACCCUUUGCUGUCACAAGCGGACUCACACAUGUGAAAAGCCAUUUCAUUGUGAAUACUGCAUUCAACAGUUUGCACGGCGAGACACAUUACAAACCCAUACACGCACACACACUGGGGAGAAACCUUAUCAGUGUGGCAUAUGUGGGAAGCAGUUUGCUCGUACUGAUGAGUUUGCGCGUCACAAAAGAACACACGGUACGGUACCCACUACACACAACACUGUUAUCACGCCAAUAACAACGCCUCCUCCUCCUCCACCGCCGCCACCAAUAACAACAACUACGACCACUACCACCACCACCACAAACCAACAUCAAAUCAACAGAAAACAUAGCCACCCGCAUUGUUCUGCAGCUACAUUUAUGCAAAACAAUUUCAUCCGAACACCAAACUGUGACAAUACCAACAAAAGAUACACUCCAGUUAGUAACUACAUGUGGCAAGCUGUCUAUAUAUAACAUUGACAUGAGAACACAGUUUGGGUUUGGUUUAAUCUCAAUUACUUUAUAAGGAACUCAAGCUGGGUGUGUUUAUUUCUCACACUUUGCUUCAUCAUUACUAAUGAAUUUGUAGAAAUCUAUCUUCCUACAGGUAUUAAUUAUGUAGUUUCUAAUGACAAGUUUAGUUGUAAUUCUAAUUUGAAUUUUUACUGAAAAUAUUUACUGAUCUAGACAUUUUGUACUUUGUCCGGAUAUUUUUCAAUCCUAAUUAGACAAAAACAAAAACUAUUCAAACAUCCUUUACUGUUGCUUCCAUUAAAUAUUUAGUUUCUCAUAAGGCAGCAAACUGGCAGAAUCAUUAGCAUGCUGGGUGAAAUGCUUAGCGGCAAUUCAUCCGUCUGCAUGUUCUGAGUUCAAAUUCCACCAAGGUCGACUUUACCCUUUCGUCCUUUCGGGGUCGAUAAAAUAAGUACCAGUUGAGUACUGGCGGGUCGAUGCAGUUGACUUAGCCCCUCCCUAAAAUUGCUGGCUUUGUGCCAAAAUUUGAAAUCAGUAUUUAGUUUCUCAUUUUAGUCGAUUAGAUAUCGUAGUUUGUAUGCGACAACUUAUAGAACAUAUUAAAUGCUUUAGGUUUCAUUAGUGCUACCACUUGUAUAUUUAGUAUAUCUAUCAUUAUAAUAUAAUAUAAUAUACUAUAUAUACUAUAUUUAGUAUAUCUAUCAUUAUAAUAUAAUAUACUUAAUGAAGAAAAACCUGUCUGUGAAAUUCUGUAAUUCAUUGAGAUCCAUUCUUCUAUAUCUUUAUCGUAUGUACCAUAGCUCUCUGUACAAAUGUGUUUUACCUUUUUACUAUGAUUCAAGGUGUAACUGCUUCUGUCAUACAUUAUCAGAUAUCAGAUUCAUUCAUAACGAUGAAAAGGUGGCUUGUAAUCAUUAUGUAUCCUGCAAAACUAAUUUUUGUGCAUAAUCUUGUUUUCAUUCUGAUGUAAAAUAUACAUCUUGCUUCAGUGACCGUAGCUCUUAUGUAAAACAUUGCCAUCAACCAUUAAUGCACAUUUUUUGCCAGAUUACUUUUAUUUUUCCUAUUUUUAGCUAUUUUUGUUUCAUUUUACAUGGAAACUUGCACAUCCAUAUCAUAAAGUCGAAAUUGAUAUUGUUUGCUAUAAUUUCUUCUCUAGGAUGAUUCAGACCUCAAAUGACUUUCAGAUUUCAAAUUCAAUCUUUUUUUAAACGUUUAAAUAACAAGAAAGAAGAGAGAUGAGAAAGGAAAAUAAAGAAUAGAAAAAAAGUGUUGGGAGGAAGCAGCAGAAGAUGGAGGGGGCGAUGGGCCACAUACCCCAGAACAAAUGGGAUGCUAAUCCAUGCCCCAAUGAAAUGACCGCAAGGAUGUUGCUGCAGAGAAUGGCUGGUGACACUCACUGGUGCAGCCACUCCACUUUGUGGGGUCAUUUCUCCGACAGGUCGCCAUCAUCUUUAUUUUGCUGAGGAAAUCGGUAAUAUGGGGUCCCAGAACACCUGAGAGAAAACCUGACAAAUUUGCAAUUUUUGUCUCAAAACUAGUGCAACAUCUUGAGCAUGAUAUUAAGUUAAUGAUUAUUGUUUUUGUUAUUUUCUUUUUUUUUUUCUUUUUUUUAUUGCAUGUUACAAUUUGCAGGAAGUAGUUGUUACUCAUUAACAAUAUCUAAAGUCUAUAAACAUUAAGAAUUUCAUACUUCUCUUUGGAACUAUUUAGUUCUAAGAGGCUGAAGGAUCCUCCUUUUGUGAUUUUUUAUUUUUUUUUUAUUUUUUUCAUAACAAAUUAUUUGAAUUUUUAACUGAGAAUGUUUUGAAAAUAAAGAGAAGAGUUCAACACAUUCUUUUUUUUCAUUUUAUACUUUUUUAAAUAAAACAAAUAGCAGAUUUUUAAUAUACACAAAAUAUGCUGCUUCAUCAAUGCCAAAGAUUUUUAAUUUUUUUUUUUUUUGUAGUUUAUACAGUAAGAUUGAAAAUAUUUUUCACUACAUGAAUAGACUCUAGUCACUCAUUCUACCAAGAUUCAUUUUGAAUAAAUAAUAUUAUCACUAGAGUACCAUUACAGCAUGGGCUAUUAAUAUUCAUUUUAUAUCACUGGUGAAACUAAAACAUUAGAGUAAUUGUUAAGUGAAAACCUGAAAUAAAAUUUCUGAAAAAUA